UAUCUUAAAUAGUCAGCACAUCUAACCGUUUGUAACAGUGUGGUGUUGUUGAAAUAUGGCUGCUGUUGUAAGGUUAAAACGUCGUGCCGAUGAGCAACCUCUUGAAGGAUUGGUGCUUACUUGUAAGAAGAGAAAGUCAGAAGAUGAUGAAAUUCAAAUCACACCAGUGUUUAAGUUUGCGGGGACCGUAAAAAAUCGGGAAGAUGUGGCAUCACAUAUUGGUAAAAUCCUGACACAAAAUAGAAAUAAACGUGGAAGGAGAAACAAACCUGAUGUGACUGGAAAGUUGCGAAGAGAAAUGAGACAUCUGGCACAAGAAAACAGACUUAAGGUUGUGAACUGCUUCCGAGCUUUGAAGGAUUUGGAUGCGUUUGAAACCGAAAAGGAAACUGAAGUUUCUAAUGAAGAUGAAAUACCUUUUACUGUUCUUGAUGUUGUUAGUGGACAAGAAAGUAAUCCAGUGUCUUCACAAUCACAGCCAGAGCUAGCUCCUGGCGGUGACAACAGGCCAGAUGCAGGAUAUGUGUAUGAUCUGUACUACACCAGCGUGGCAGGGAGUGAAGGGCUUGUUGACCUGGACAACCUGAGUGUUCACCCACUUUCACAGUCAUACUGGGAGUAUCAAGAUCCUGAAGAUUCAAGUGACAUGUCACCUGAAGAAGAGGAUGAAGAUUCCAAUGAUGAGAACAACUGGCGCAAUGACUAUCCUGAUUCAGAUCACAGUCUUUCUAUAGAUGACAUGAGAAUGACUAUGCAGAUGGGGGACUUGAAUCUCAGUGAGGGAGAGGAACUGUCAAGUGAUGAUUCAGAUGAAGAUCUCAUAUAUGGAACAAGUGUGGAUCCACAAGAUGUGGCACUGUAUGGGGAGGGAUAUGCACGUUAUAAGGCACGUAUGAAGCUUGAAAUGUUUGACGAGGAGGAGUCUGAAGAUGAUGUGAAUGAUAGGGAGUGUAGCAGUGAUGAAGAGGAAGAUGAUCCUGCAAGGAGAUUCAUGUAGUGUGUACAUAUCUUGGUAUGCUUGUUUUUCAAAGAUAAUAGGUAUAGCUCUGUAAAUAUAUUCUGAAGAAGUAAAAAUAUUUUAACUGUC